AUGAGACUCGUAUCGACCCUUAACGCUCUGUCAACUUCCAUAGCGACGGUGGUGAAUUCAUCCGAUGUUGGUCCUUCCUCUCGCACUGAGUUAGCUAGGGUGUCUCGUGAACAGUUAACGUCGAUGAACGACUUUUGUCGGACAUUGUAUGAAACACCCUUCGUCCUGAAUCCCGUUGAAUUCGAGCUUCCACCGACACUCGAUUGGCUAAAGACGUCAAAGCCUUCUCGACUCAGCUCUCAGGAUGCCGCCUUUCUCAAUGUCCUAGUUCUCCCGCUCGAGUGUCUCCGUACCCUUCGGCAACUGUGGAAGUCUCCCAGCCUCACCGCUGCUCGUGAUCCUUCACUUCACGCAGCUCACAUUGGAGCUCUUAAUGCUGCAUGGAAGGAGGCUUGGGCAAUACGACGCGUAGGACAAGCGAACCGGGGGAACAAUUCGGGGGAUAGGCAGGAGGUAGGAGGCCAAGAGGAAAGUGGACAAGGUUCGACGCAGUGA